UCAAAUAAUAUUAAUGAAAAUAUUUUAUUUAAAACAUUUAGUCAAUUUAAAUAUUUAGAAGAACUUUAUCUUGAUAAUAAUAAAUUAAAAUUUGUACCAUUUUUAUCAGAUAUGAUAUCAUUACGUUUAAUUAGUUUAAAUAAUAAUUUAUUUUCAACAAUUCCAUUAUGUUCAACAUCAUUAGAAAUACUUAAUUUAAAUAAUAAUUAUAUUAGACAAUUUUAUUCUAAAUAUUGUUUAUUUAUAGUCAAUAUUAUUGAAUUAAAUUUAGAAAAUAAUGAUAUUAAACAAAUACCAAUUGAAAUUGAAAAAUGUAAAAGAUUAAAAUAUUUAAAUUUAUCUAAUAAUCCAUUAAUGAAAUAUUCUGAAUCACUCUUCUAUAUUCGUACAUUAAAUAAAUUAUAUUUAAAUAUUUGUGAUAUUAAAUAUUUACCAUCCAUUGAUCUAUUUUCAAAAUAUCAUUCAAAAACAUUAACAUAUUUAGAUUUAUCAGAAAAUAAAUUAUGUUCAAAUUUAGAACAAUUAACUAUUUUAACAUCAUUAACAAUAUUAAAUUUAAAUAAUAAUAAAUUAUAUGAAUUACAUGAUCAUUUUCAAUAUAUGACAUGUUUAGAAAUAUUAAAUUUAAAUAAUAAUAAAUUAAAACAUGUACCUGAAUGUUUAACAAGAAUGUCACAUAAUACAAAGAAAAAUAUAAAUGAAUCAUUACGUGAAUUACAUUUAAAUGGAAAUCAAUUAACAAGUUUACCCGAUGAUAUAAUGCAUUUAAUAUUAUUAUCAUUAUUAGAUAUAUCAAAUAAUUCAUUUAGAUUAUUUCCAGAACAAAUAGUUUUUCUUGAUCACUUAACAUGUCUGUUUUAUGAUCAAUUGAAUGGUAUACGUAUCAGUGAUUUACCACAAGAAUUUACAAAUUUUAAAUAUUUAAAAAAAUGUAUAUUUUCUAAUAAUCAAUUUAGUGAAAUUCCAUUAUGUAUAUUUAAAUUAAAAUGUUUAGAAUAUAUUGAUUUUAGUUAUAAUUAUUUAGAUGGAUUACAAACGGAAUAUUUAUCAAAUUUAGAAAAUUUAAAAGUUAUUAAUUUAAAAGGAAAUUGUUUUAAAAAAUUUCCUAGUACAUUAUUUAAUUUUAAAUGGUUACAUACAGUUGAUUUAAGUGAAAAUGUUUAUUGUUUGGCUCCACCUAAUGAUUUAAAUGAAAUAAUACUUCGCAAUCAUGAACAUAAUAUUGAUGAGAAAAAUCAAUGUGUUGAAGUUGUAGCACAAGAUGGACGAUUAGCAGCACCAGCGAGAUUAUUUGCGAUAAUAAAUGAUAAAAGAGAAGAAAUUGGCCAAACGGAAUUUGAAUUUUGGAAUUUGGCCAUAACACGUUUUGGUCAAAGUCCAACGGAAACUGGCCAGAAAUGUGCAUUCUUUUUUCAAAAUGUACAUACACUUUUGAUUACACAAUAA